UCAAAUAUGUUUAAUAUUAUCACAUGACAGAUAAAACGUUUUGGUUCUAAGCUCGACUUCAAGUGUGUGUGUUUGGUAAAUAGUAGACUAGAGGUUUGAUAACAUUAGCAUGUAGGAUUUACACAAUAGUUUGCUGAUAGCUAAAAUGAAUAUAUGCUGUAAUAUAAUACCUACUUUCAAAAAUUGUUAACAUGCAAAACAUAAUGCACAUAACAUAGUCAGCAUGCUGAAUGUAAUGUAGUGUGAAUAGAACGCGUUUUAAUACAUUUAUAUUCUGAUUGCACAUUGAGGAUAACGCAAUGAAUGAUUCAUUCUAUAGUACCACGUAGCCUAGGUCUGGAUGUUAUGAAUACUGCUGAAGGACGUGAAAGAUUUGAACUCUAAGUCCUCAACAAUGUCGUUUCAAGAAUGACUACACUGAUUAACUUCGUCUACUUGCUUUCACUGUGCACCAGAGUGAGACCAUCCUUCGCUUGUCAUGACCAAAGUACAUCCGUAGCUUUCUCACUUCGCAGCACUGAAAUGAAUGUGAACGUAGGAAGCAACUGUCUCCACGAGUUUUCAAAUUGCUUACUAGAACCAAAUGUCUCCUGUGAGGCAGUCCUAGUCCACACGACAAGACCAAACGCCUUUGUCCACAGUUUCAUAACAAUAAAGGAAUCAUUCAGCUCUAAUUCCUUGCCUAAAACUUGUGUCAUAACAACCUCGUGGACCACUGAUGACUUUGUUAUUUCCUGCUCCAAAAUGUAUUCCUACCGUGUUGAGAACAAGACAGUGGUUUUAAUAAGAGAAACUGUUAAUUCUUGUUACAGGGUGGGGUUCAUCGCUUUGAAUAACGUCACCAUUGUCGAGCAAGGGCUUAUCAAAGAGAUGAGCACGGCAGCUUAUCAUCCCAACUUUUGCGAUGAGACUCCCACCACAGCAGCAACAAGUACUCAAGCUAGCGUUAGCACAGUGGGUCAUUCUUUCUCGACAUUGAAUACAAGUGUAAAUAAUGAGAUGACGUCUACAAAUGACAAGGUAUUCCUUACCUCCGCGAACGUUACGUCGCUCAAAGUAGAAAGUAAGGGUUCAAACGACAAAACUCUUAUUAUAGCUUUAUGUGCUGUGUUCGGCACGUUAAUCUUUGUAUCUAUUGUUGUGACUGCAACGGUGCAUAUCAGAAAGAGAAAAAGAAAGAAAGAGAACCGCGAUGCUGGAACUGACAUUAAUCCCGGCCCUUCAACUCAGGACAGAAGCUUGGUUACUACAAGAUCUUCCAAUAAAACGUUAUCGCCUCCUGUCUACAACAAUAUAACACAUCGACAUGAAAUAAAGCUCAGUGAUUUUGACGAGAGAAAUGAGACAUCAGACUCUUUAGGUCAUGAUGCUAAUGCACAUUUUCCAAAAGAUGAAAAAUAUGAAGAAAUUAAUCUGACAUAUUUGAACUUCACUGAUCAGGUCAAGGACAAAUCAUUCGUUACAGAUGACAUUGGUUACCUAAUGCCAUCACCUAACGCUAAUAAUGCCAUCAUUAUUCAAUCUUCUGACAAAGUGACUGCCCCUAGUGAUAAUUCUGUGAAUUCAAUUUAUGAAGAGAUUGAAGGAAAAUUCGUUUCAACUUCAGUGCGAAACAAAACUGAGCUGUUUGGUGAUAACAAUGAGUCCGUCUACGAAGAAUGUAGAGACAAAACUAAACCUUACAUUCCAACAUCGGACACCCCGUAUCAGAAUAUGACAGAACGGGUAUACAAUAAACUAGGUCAGCCAGUGCGUCUUAUCACAGACCCUUAUAGCGUAGAGGGAAAACCCAAAGCGGAUAAAGAGAUACGGACAGGGAAUACAUUAUCAGGGAACGUCUCAGAAGAACUGGAAGACGUAUGUGACAUAACUUAUGAUAUUGUAGACCCUGCUGGCUUAUCAGACAACAGUGAACAUUUAACAAUAGACCAUGAUUAUAGUAACGAUGGAGGCCAUGUUACGGCAGAUCCAAACGUACAGAAAGAUCCUGUUUAUUUUAUUUUAGAGGAUCCUGACCUAUACACAUAAGUUUCUAACCCUCUUAUAUAAGUAUACAGAUGUAAUGUAUAAGUACUAUAUCGCUUACAAUGACGGAAAAUAUAUUUGUUAUUACACUAUAUGACAUUCUUCUUUCUUUGGUGUUGUAGUAAAUUUGAUUGUGUCUCAAUAUAUAAGGGAAUUAACUUUUGAGACUUUUGCAUUAAUUCAUUUUGCAUUAAUUCCCCUGUGAGAUGAAAUUGAUCUUAAAUAUUUGUCUUUUUAAUAAUUGAUUUGUGACUUGUCAGAAAGGGAGAAAAAAUUAAAGCAGAUAGAAAGAGAGAGAGAGAGAGAGUAAAAAAGAGAUACAG